AUGCCUUCACUCCACUGGGACAGAAUUUUGGUUGGAGUCACCUGUUGUGUAGUGACUGUGACCCUUUGUGUUUUGGCAGCUCCUCAGGUUCAAAGCAGUUGUGGCAGUCAGUUCAACAGCUGCUUUGAAGAAAGCCCUCUGUUUCUGCCAAAAGACAGAAUAAAAAUUGUCACCUGUCCUGAAGUGGUCAAUUUUUGUGACYACACUACUGAGACAGUGAACAUUUCUGAAAGCAACAUAAAAACCCUUACUUUUGAAAGGAUWAUAGUGGACAAAUAUGGCCACUUCAAAGAGAAAUGUGAACCUGAUACCAUAAAUGGUAUGUCUUUUACAAAAGUACAGACAAUGCUUCAAUAGCAAUCUGGGUGCUCCAGAGUAAGUAAAAUUCCUAMUUUGAAGUCCCCUUAAGUUCUGAAUUGCAAUGAAAACCUCCUAAGUCUAGCUCUGAGGCUUAGCUCUGCAUUAUCUGCAAAAUGUGGAGAGCUGAACAUGACUAARCACAUUAUAGAGGCUGCUUUCCUUCUUCUGCUUCUGUUGAAACUGAGGGCUCCAGCAAGGUUUCAGUUAUUGCAAAUCCUCACCUCUGUGCCAGACCAGCUGACCCCACAGAACAUCACUGCUGCUGCAAACAUCACAGUGCAGAUUAUGAAAAAGCCAAAUGUUUCAGAAGAYUUUCAGGCAUCUGUGGCAGUCAUGGCUGCAGUGAGUCAUCUCUAGGAUGCCAACAAAACAGAAUUCAUCCACAAUAAACUUGUCAAUACUAUAAUAAGCCUCASGAAAACAGUGGAGGAAUUUUCUUUGACUGGCAACACCUCACAGCCCAAUGUUGCAAUCCAGUCUGCUCCACUGAAAUUAAGCUCAUCUGUGAUUCUGUUUUUGGCACAAAGURAGUCCUCACUAGGAAAAUAUCAGCCAACAAAACUAGAAAUACAGGAAAAUGUUCCUGGGCUUACUGAUGACCUCAGUACUAAAGUUCAGAUAUGUUCAACAUUUGAAGUAACAAACGACACAUCCGACCUGCAGCUGUGUGAUCAUACCUAUGACUUUUGGGAUCACACUGCUGGCUGUGCAAAAGGGAGAGACCAGUUCUUGAGAUGCAGGUGUAACCACACCACUAACUUUGCUGUUCUGAUGGCCAUUCAGAUCAAAUAUAAAUAUGCAAAGCCUUUGGAUURUAUUUCUUAUAUUGGUGUUGGAUUGUCCAUGGCUGGUCUGGUUAUUACCAUUUUCUUUCAAAUAUUUACUAGGAAAACUCCAAAGUUAUCUGUAACAUKGAUGUUAGCGAGCUGUUUUUCUAUGCUCAUUUUAAACAUCAUCUUCAUCUCCGGAAACUGAAUUUCCAGGGAGUACAGCAAUGAUACCACCAGAUGCUACCAGUAUGAUCCUUAUGAUGCUGCCAGCAACACUUGACUCACCUCUGAUGUGGCAGAUCCUCCUGCAGACUCCUGCUGCACAGCUUUGGCUAUCUCACUGCACUAUUUCUUUUUGAAUUCUGCACAGUUGUACUUUUUGCUGCUCAGGCCUCUGCCUGGACACUUCCUGGUGGCCACGUCAGCAAUCGGGUGGGGAAUCCYUGCUGCAGUAGUACUUGGAGCUACUUACAGAGAAGGAAAAGCUUUGAACUACUGACAGGAAGAAUUUUGCUGGCUUGUGACAAUGGACCAAACAAAUUUCAGCAUGCAGCAGUCCAUGUUGCCAUUCCUCUUGGCAGUAGCACCCACACUCCUGUUUAAUAUCUUGAYCUUCAUCAAGAUCAGUAUCUCUGUGAUACAGAAGGACAUGAAUUUGAUAAGGAGUAAAAAGGAUUCAUUAAUGAAAAAUAUGAUUAGCACUCUCUCUGUAGUGGUAGUGCUCGGGAUCACAUGGACAAUCGGGUACCUCAUGUUAAUAACUCAUGAAAAAAAAAGUCUUGCUUUCAGCUAUCUGUUCUGCGUUUUGAAUGCUACCCAGGGACUCCAGAUUUGUAUUUUGUACACUUUCAGAAUACCACUCUUCARGAAAAAAGUUUCCAGAGUGUUUCCUGUUUUCCAGGUACCACUGUAUCUGCAUAAAAACAUGAAAAUGUUUCAAAAAUCUCAGCCUGCAAAGCAUUCACAGGAAACUUUCAGACCAACCCACACUUUUUCAGACAAUAUUUCCUUGUCUACCUUCCCUAACCAGAACUGGAAACGUGCAAAUAUAUGA